GAGAUGUUUAAUUCAAUGUGAAACAGAGUAGUAUUCUUAUCCUGCGCUCCUCCUCAAACUCUUAAUCAACGGCUUAAAAAAAGGGGAAUAUUGAUAAUCCCUUUUUGAAGGGUUAUAACUAAUAAAGAAGAAUUAGAAUUCUCUUAAAACUAUGUGAAACAAACCCUAGAAGUCCGGUGGUUUUGAUCAUCUGUGACUGUCUGCUUAUUAUUAUUAUCUUUUCUUUCUUUCAAUUCUUUGCUACAAUUUAUCUUCAGUUUUUUUUUUUCAUAGUUGAAGCUAAAGAAACUAAAGUUGAAUCGAAAAGCAAGAACAGCUUCACUGGAUCUUCGCUUGACGACGAUCCAGCCAACAUUUUAAUUCGAAAUGAAAAUGGCCACUAUCAGUCGCCUGAAUUUGAUUUCUUACUGAUUUUCCACCAUCAACUUUUUUUUUUCCUAAAUUUUAUGAGCAGAAAAAGAAAAAGAAAAAGCCUUAAAGCCCUCCACCACCUCUCUCGCCAGACUGAGCCAGUGGCUGGCACUCUCACCUCGAUCCUUCUCUUUUUAACUCGACGGCGAGUUUUCCUUCCUGGUCCGAGGCAAGCAAUUGCGGCAACUCCUUGAUCACGAUCACACAAGGACCAGAUUAAUUGAUGCUUAGAAAGUUGAAAUCAGACAGAACAUACGACCUUUAGUUGUCUUUUUCUACCAACGAUACCAAGAAGAAGAUGAACUACUAAGAGUUACCCUAAUUGGGGUUUGAACUCUUCAUUUCCAGAAGGAGCAUUUGCUUGCACCAACAUUCAGAUGCUUUUGAUUAUGAUGGUCAUCGCUAACACCAAGUUUUGUCAUCACUGGUGAAGAAAGAAGCUUUGAAGUCUGUGAUGGGGUAAGUGUUGAUAACUGCAAAGGACACUUCUAAAGAAUGUUUUCUGAGAGACUGACUGGAGAACAAUCACUUAGUCAAGAUUUUGAAGCACUGAGUGUGUCAAAACGGCUGGUAAGAAGUGUCAGCCAGAAGUUGAGGAAGAAGAACCAUAGAAGUGCAUCAGAGGAAGACGAUGCUGUUAAGGGAAUAUCUAUUAGAUGUUUAACUUUAUAUGGUAUAGGUGGUGGCUGCAAAGUAGGGGCUGACACAAGUGAUGAAUUUGGAGAUCCGAGUAGCAGGAGGAGGUCAAGUGCUAGUGAUGAAGGUAAGGGGUAUAAACUGAUAUGCGGUGCUGAGGAAACUGGUGUUGAUUGCUUCUCGUACGGGGUGAAAGAGAGAUUUUGGAAGAAACAUAACAGAAAGGAUUUUGAACUUGAAGAGUCAGUAGGAAACAGCAGAAUGCACAUAUUUCUUCCUGAUGACAUACUGGAAAUGUGUUUAGUGAGGCUCCCACUGGUCAGUCUCAUGACUGCACGGCUUGUCUGCAAGAAAUGGAGACACUUAACUACGACUCGUCGAUUUCUGCAAAUGAGACGUGAAGGUUUACAUCAAAAUCCAUGGUUGUUUAUGUUUGGUGCUGUAAAAGAUGGUUAUUGCUCUGGGGAAAUUCACGCAUUGGAUGUGUCCCUUGAGCAGUGGUACAGGAUAGAUGCCAACAUUCUCAAAGGGAGGUUCCUGUUCUCUGUUGCCAGUUUCCAGGAUGAUAUUUAUAUCGUUGGCGGGUGUUCUAGCUUGACAAACUUUGGCAAGGUAGAUAGGAGUUCAUUCAAGAUACAUAAAGGGGUAAUAUUAUUUAGCCCAUUGACUAAAUCAUGGCGUAAAGUUGCACCUAUGAAGCAUGCAAGAUCUUCACCUAUUUUGGGAAUUCAUGAGGUGAGUACAGAUUUUUCUGUUGGCCAAAUGCAUAUAUGUCGGCAAGAUAGGCGUCCCAGAACACGGAUUGGUGGGGUCUCGGAUGUUUAUGAAGACCCUCAUAGGCUCUCUUUGAGGCGUCAUAGCAGAAAUUCAAUUGAAGAAAAUGAGACUUCAUUGCCCAGUAGAAAGUCAUACAAGUUUGCCAGACCAAGAAGUGAUCAAACAGGGAUGAGAAGUUCCAAAAGGUUUGUUCUCAUUGCUGUUGGUGGUCAUGGAUCUUGGGAUGAACCCCUAGAUUCUGGAGAAAUAUAUGAUUCAAUGUCAAAUAAAUGGACAGAAAUUCAAAGAUUGCCUGUAGAUAUUGGAGUUGUUUGUUCUGGGGUUGUCUGCAAGGGGAUCUUUUACGUUUACUCUGAGACUGACAAACUUGCAGGGUAUGAUAUAGAAAGGGGUUUUUGGAUCGGUAUCCAAACAACAUUCCCACCUCGAGUUCACGAGUACUACCCAAAACUUGUAUCUAGCAAUGGUCGGCUAUUCAUGCUCUCAGUUUCUUGGUGUGAAGGGGAUGGUCAAAUAGGAAGGAGAAACAAGGCUGUUAGAAAACUGUGGGAGCUGGAUCUCUUGUAUCUUACCUGGACGGAGGUUUCAGUACAUCCUGAUGCUCCAAUGGAUUGGAAUGCUGUUUUUAUGGCUGAUAGAAAUCUAAUAUUUGGCAUUGAAAUGUUCAAAAUAUUUGGUCAAGUCUUGGAUUUUUUUACUGUAUGUGAUGUGUCAGAUAAGGAGAUGCAGUGGAAUCACAUAUCAAGAAAUCAUGUAACUCAUGAAUUUGAUGCUUCAUCGUGCAUGACCAAGUCCAUGGCCGUGCUACACUUGUAAAAUCCCCCUUUAUUCUUUCAACUCUCAUGCUAGACAUCUCAAAAUAUGCACAAUGCACCAAUGGCUCGCCGUUGUAUAUUGGUGACUACUACACUACCCAUGAACUUUGAUUUCCUAAUAAAGCUCUAUUUUCUUAAUUAGGUAUCUUUUGCAUAUGUAAUGUUUAUAUUUUAAAUGUUUACCAAACAUUCAUUUAUAUUUAUAAUUAUAUUGUUUUUCGUACAA